UGUUGAUAUACUGUUGUGGAAUACGUGGGAGAUCAAUUAUCAAAUUGAUGUUACAAACUAGAUUAUUGUAUCAUAUGAAUUUCUGUGAUUGUAUUCAGUUAGAAGAAGGUCCAAUGGCUUCCCUGUGAUAAUGAUGUUUCUCUAAAGGGUAACUAACAGUGAGAUCUCAUGAUGUAUAGCAACAUCACAACUGCGCCUAAUACCGUUAACCCAUUCACGGUCCGCCCAGCUGAUGCACAUCAGUUAAAAUGUGAUCGCUUCUACUCGCAGAACAAGACACACUUUAUCUAUGGAGGCUACGAGGGUAUUCCGGAAACAUUAAUGGUAAACACAAUCGCUUGGCUGUGUUUGCUGAUAGGAUUCUCAAUACUCAGGAAGAUUGCGUGGGAUUAUGGCCGUAUAGCCCUGGUCAGCAGAAACGAGGACAGGAGGAGCCUUUUGUACGAUACUUCAAGAUACAAUGUAUGGACAGCAUUAUUCUAUGGAGAGCAUGAUGGUCAAGGUCCAAACGCCGGGGUUGGAUCACAAGAAUCUCUUGAUACGAAUAUACGUCUACAGGACAAGGGGUUCUGUUCCUGGAUUCCGGCCUUCUUCAGAAUCAAAGAUGAGCACAUCCAGCGGAAGAGUGGGAAAGAUGCAGUGCAGUAUCUGUCCUUCCAACGAUAUCUCAUCCUCUUCACUGCCAUCAUAUGUUUGUUCUCCAUCUGUGUUGUACUGCCUGUCAACUUUCAAGGUGAUCUCGAGGGCAACACUCAAGCGUUUGGUCACACGACCAUGAGCAAUAUCGAUACAGGAUCUGCCACCCUUUGGGUACAUGGUGUGUUUGCUGUGGUGUUCCUGAUCAUUGCUGUCUACAUGAUGCGUCACUUCUCUGUCAACCUUCAGUAUGAGGAUGAUGAUCAGGCAACAAGGACAUUGAUGGUGUCACACAUACCAGUGGACAAGUGUUUUAAGAAUAUCAUCCAACAGCAUUUGCGGGAAGCCUACCCGGAAUCGGCUAUACAAGAUAUUCAGUUUGCUUACAACAUCUCACGACUCGUCAAACUUGAUAAGAAAAGGCAAUUUGCAACAGAAGGACGGCAAAAUUCUGAGAUGAUCUACAAUAAGUCUGGUAUAAGACCAUUGAUCCGGCCAUACCCGUGCGGUCAGUUGUUCUGCUGUGAAUGCUGUGGGUGCCGACAGGUUGAUGCCAUCAACUACUAUGGUGAUGAAGAGAAGAGGUUAAGGGAUUUAUGUGAAGGAGAGAAAUUUCGUGCCUUUCAAGAAGCCCUGGGGAUAGCAUUUGUCACGACAGAAGAUGACGAGAUGGCUGCGAGGAUCUACACUGAUUUCCGUACUGCAUGCAAGGGAGCUAACAACCCACUAGUGUCUAGCGUGAGCUCAGAGCUCCAGGUCUACGACUGGUCUGUCCAAUAUGCACCAGCACCUGACAAUAUCUAUUGGGAGAACCUAUCUGUGGACCCAUUAUGGUGGUGGACGAAGGCAAUCGUCAUCAAUCUAGUCCUGACGAUUCUCCUCUUCUUCCUCACAACGCCAUCUAUUAUCAUGAACUCUCUCGAUGAAAUAAAGUACAAGAAAGAACUAGAGCAAACACAUAGUGCUAUCAUCGUACAGUUUGUGCCCACACUCAUUCUAUGGACAAUCUCCGCAUUGAUGCCGUAUUGUGUCUACUAUUCUGACCAGUUCAUUGGCCACUGGACAAGAACGGCUGAACACCAUGCAGUGAUGAGAAAAACGUUUAUCUUCUUACUGGUGAUGGUGAUUAUUCUGCCGUCUCUUGGACUAACAAGCGCCAAAGCAUUCUUUGAGUGGGCCAUUACUGAUGAGGAUAAAAAGUUUAGGUGGCAGUGUGUAUUCCUGCCUGGUAAUGGUGCAUUCUUUGUCAACUAUGUGAUCACUUCAGCAUUCAUUGGAACUGGUCUAGAGUUAAUCAGGUUUCCUGAGCUGUUUAUGUAUGCAAUCCGUCUGCUUGCUGCUCGCUCGGCUGCUGAGAAAACUGCUGUCAGAAAGGCUAUUAUAUGGCAGUUCCAAUUCGGCUGUGAAUAUGCUUGGACCUUGUGCAUCUUUGCGGUUGUUGUUGUCUAUAGCAUUCCGUGUCCACUAAUUGUACCAUUCGGUCUGGUCUACUUGACCCUGAAGCAUUUGGUUGAUAGAUAUAACAUCUACUUUGCAUAUGGUCCAUCGAAGAUUGACAAGGAUAUCCAUGCCAGUGCCAUCAACUUCGUCAUUGUGGCAGUAAUUCUUCUCCAGUUCAAUGUGGUCUUCUUCACAAUAUUGCGAUCAGAAAAGAUGCAUGGUCUGUCAGUGUUCUCUAUGAUAGCACUGUUCAUUACUCUCAUUAUCUUCCUGGGGAGAGUCUGCUUCGGUUGGUUCAAGGGCCUCAGUCCAAUCUCUUACAAGCAAUUUACGGAAAGUACUGAUGCACCAAGCACAAGAGAGCAGUCAAAGCCAUUUGUUCCAAAGGUUUUACAACACGACCCAGGCACAUCCAAACGAGACCAGAAUGGAGAUUUUGCUGCUAAUGCUGGCACCACAACCACAACAUAUGGGUCAACAGAAUCACCAAACGAAUCUCCGGAGCAUAAUUCAACGCACCCGUUGGCAACAAAUGCAACCGACUAUCCUACUGUGCGAGGAUCUAUCAACACCAAUGACAUUUACUACCCUUGACACAAUAACCAAAGUAGGAUGAGCUACUAUAUUCACUGCUAGAGUUUAUCUCUGAUCGGUAUAUGAUCAGGCUAAUGUGCAUAAAUUUGUCGAAUGUGCUGUACUAAUGUAAGGGCUGCCUACUGGAAGUAGUCACCGCCUCCUGCCAGAUUCUGGUCCAUUUCUGGACUAUGCCGCACCUGAGGGGAUGUGCUGAUACCAACACAGUGCAUUCUUUGAUUUCAUUUUUAUCACAGAUCUCAUUACAAAAUCUUGUUAAUGCCAAAGCUGGCAAGACGGAAUCUCAACAUGAGGAAAAGUUUGGAUGGUUUGCAUUCUUUGCAGCUCUACAUUUUGAGAGUAACAACAUACAAUACCGUCUGCAACCCUUCUCCAGGACUCUCAUACUUUAGUAUGUUGUGAUAAUAUGAGAGGAGACAUCUCUAUACUUGUCAUCCAAGACAUGAGACAAGCAUGACAGAAGAAGAUAGUCUUUGAUGGAAGUGCCAAACCUUGGGAUGUACGGUAUAACCAGUAAACUUGGAGGUGGAACUCCUUCUUUGGAAAUAUGUUGUGGUGGAGUGAUUGAAUAAGACUUUACCAAAAAGGGUGUCGAUAAAUCUGCUUGCUUAAAUAACAUCUUUACAAAAACAUGAAUUCAAAAAAUAUUUUUUGCUAUGAAAUCUCAAGGAUAGAAUUCUCUCUUUCAUUGAUAUACACUUUUAGGGUAGGAAAGAUUUAUGAACAAGUUAUUCAACUUUGAAACUAGCAAGAGUUUUCAAUGACACUUUGUAUAAUGAUAAUGAUUGCGUUAUGAAUGUCUGUCAUAAAACAAAUGAAAUGGUCCAGGGACCAUGUGCUCACCUCAGGUAAUGUAAUGCAUGGUGGUUGCAGUGGAUAUGGGGAGAACAGUUUCUGGCUAGUUUCAGCAGUUUUGAUUCCAUUGAAUAAUAUUCUUCUUCUCGGCUCAAUGGCACAAAAGAAAAUUACCGGUACCAUCUAAGUAUAGCAUUUUGGUUAUAAAGUUGACUGAAUUUCAGGGUUAUUAAAGAGUGUACAUGUCACAUGGAAAUUGGUUGACAUCUGUUCAACAGCUAAGGAGUAAUACGACUUCGUUGGAUUUUCAAGAUGGCGGCCUGGCGGCCAUAUUUGUCUUUGGAUUUGAUUGAAAAUUGAAAUUGAAAAGGGAUAUUGAUAAGAGUAGAUAGAUACAUAAUCACAUGAAGUUUGGUCGCAAUCCGAUCAUUAGUUUCAGAUUAAUAUGACUUUGUUUAAUUUUCAAGAUUGGCACCUGGCGGCUAUAUUGGUUGAUGGAUAUGACUGAAAAUCAGGGAUGUUGUAGAGAGUAUAUAGAUAUACAAUCACAUGAAAUUUGGUUGCAAUAUGACUUUGUUUAAUUUUCAAGAUUGGCACCUGGCGGCUAUAUUGGUUGAUGGAUAUGACUGAAAAUCAGGGAUGUUGUAGAGAGUAUAUAGAUAUACAAUCACAUGAAAUUUGGUUGCAAUACGACUUUGUUUAAUUUUCAAGAUGGCCUCCUGGCGGCCAUAUUUAAAGUCCGAGCGAGACAAUUUUUUUGGGUAGAAUAGAGGGUCCAUUGAUAUAUGUCCUCACAGGUUUAGAACCUUCUAGCUCAAAUAGAAACGAAAUGUGCCACCUAUCGGUGAUUUAGUGAACUUUGACCUCUGUGACCUUGAAAAGUAGGUCAAAUCAAAAGCCUGGGUGAUAUGUCUUUUAACCUUAUUAGAUACACCCACCAUAAAAAUUGCGUCACUCGACGUACAACCAUAAGCUUCAAAAAGGCAAAAUAAACAAUUUCGAAGGUGGCCGCCUGGAGGCCAGAAAGUAGGUCAUAUUGCGAAAAAGAAAGAUACCUCUGAGCAUAUUGCCCAAAGCUACCAUCACACCAAGUUUUAGUCAUCUAGCCCUAGCAGUGUUGAAACGUGCUCCGCUAACGGUAUCGUAUAAGCUCCCCAGAGGUGAGCUAAAAAGGAGUGAAAUAUGGGUAUCAAGUUCACCAAUUUCAGCUUCUACUGCAUUGUCUAUCAGGUCUGGUAUUGAAUAGAAAGGAGAUACUAUAACAGCGAAUAACUUGUUUUCUGGCCUCAGGAUAUUGG